AUGGAAAAUAUUUUCGAAGACUGGAGUAAAAGAGAUUACAAUAAUUUUGUGAAUGCAUCUGCUAAAUAUGGGAGAAAUGCACUUCAGGAAAUAGCUUCCGAAAUAGAAGGUAAAACUUUAGACGAAGUAAAAGCAUAUGCUAAAGUCUUUUGGCAACGUUAUCAGGAAUUACCUAAUCAUGAAGAAAUUAUUGCAAAGAUUGUUAAAGGAGAAAGUAAACUGCAACAAACAGUUGGUAUUCAGGAAUUACUCAGAGCGAAGGUGGCACAAUAUCGAACACCCGGUCAUCAAUUGCAGGUAUCAAAUCAAGCAAAGGGAAAGACAUUGUUUUCGGAAGAAGAAGAUCGAUAUCUGUUAAUUGCACUCGCAAAAUACGGAUAUGGAACUGAGGAUGUGUAUGAGAAAAUACGGAACGAAAUUGAAAAUGCUGAAGUAUUUAGGUUUAAUUGGUUUAUCAAGUCGAGGACCGCUGGAGAGAUUGCCCGACGUUGUACCACACUUAUCAAUCUUAUACAAAAAGAGCAUGGCGAAGAAGAAGCAGCGCAACCUGUACAGGAAGAAAAGAAACUCAAAAAAUUUCUCAGAAAUUCUUUGUGCGUUAGACGUGUUAGACAUAUAUCUUUUAUCCGUAAGAUUUUAACAGUUGCCUUACCAUCAAGAGCAAUAGAACUAUUUUCUUCAACCUUCAGUGAAUACAAUAUUGACAAUAUCUAUAUAGAUGACUUUCACCUUAUAGAUAAUAAUAUCUAUAUGGAUAAUUCCUUUAUAGAAGUAGACAACUCUCAUGAAGAUCCCUAUGUUAAUGAAUCUGAUAACCUGAAAACAGAGGAAUGGGAAAAAAUAAAGCAAUUUGUUAAGAUUCUUAAACCAUUUCAGAAUACAGUAACAAUUAUGUCAAUAUGGGAAUAUUCAACCUUAACUAUAGUUGUUUCUUUAUAUUAUAUGCUUUUUGAAACUUUAAAUGAAGUUAAAAGAAAAAAUGGUGUACCAUAUUGGCUAAUUCAAG